AUGCUAUUCCCGUAUACUGCACAGGUGGAUACGUACGAGUGGAUGAGCAUAUCCGAUAGCUGCGGUCCAGACAGACCCACUUGCAUGAAACUGGACUUCAUAGAGCAACCGGAUCUUCCGGAUCCCGAUAAGCCGGUUCCCCCAGCAGGCGGUCAAAUUCCACUGGAGACAUUGGCACAGGCUAUCGUGAAGCAGUUCCGUUUGAAGAACGCAAACUACAUGUACAACGUCAUGAUGCUUCCGCAUGGCGGCGACUUCCGAUUUGACACGGAGUACGAAUGGGAAAAGCAGUACCGGAACUUGAAGAUAUUCAUGAAAUACGUCAACGAGCGCAAGGAUUUUAACGUUCAGAUGCGGUUUGGUACGCUGAAGGACUUCUUUCUUGAAGUUGGUCGGCAGACCGAAAAAUAUGGUCUAAACUACCCAGUGGUCACCGGAGACUUUUACUCGUACACUGAAAACCAGGAAUACUGGACCGGGUACUUCACCACGCGCCAGUUUGACAAGCGUCUAGGUAGAGAGGUUCUGGAGAGUCUUCGGAGCGCGGAGAUUUUCGCCGCCAUCGCCAUCAGCGGGCAAGUUGACGGUAAUGUAAGGCAGAAAAUUAUGAGGGAUCUUGUGCUCGCGCGCAAAAAUCUCGGCAUUUUUCAGCACCACGAUGCCAUUACGGGAACCUCCAAAGAGCAUGUGGCGCACAACUAUGAACUCCUGCUAACGUCAGCGUUUACGUCAACGCAGCGCGUGCUAGCUUCCGCUGUGCAGCUGCUGCUUAGUGGUGAUGGUGCAAAAUCAAAAAUGGCCGAUCUCAUGCCGAGCGAGGCCUUCUGA